CAUCGCGCAACAACACGCAUCCUUUUUAAAAAACAAAAGUGGAUAAAUGGAAUCACGAGUACCUUUCGAAAAGGAGCGUGAUGCCCUUCUUGAAAACGUUGCACAAGGCCUCGAACAAGUUAUUACCAACAUGGCUCAUCUGAACCGUAAUCUCGAAACAAUCAAUACCAUUGGAAAAGACUUUGACAAUGUUGCUUCUCUCUGGCGAGAAUUUCACACCGCCAUCGUCACCGAUUCCAAUGCAUCAAACGCAAACGAAGAGCAUAAAGAGUAAUAUAGCACAACUGAACUACACUGCACUAUUGUACAUAUAUGAACCAAUAAUACAUACUUAUAUUCCGCACUGUGGCUCGACGUCGCAGCGCAGCGGCUCAACGUGUUUUGUACCAUAGAAUUAAUUUAUUCACACACUUUGGUUUCAAUGUGUUCAUAAAGGACAAAAGA